GUAAGUUGUAACUUGUUCUGCCGGAUUGGAGUCGGUAGUCGUUACAGUGCUCUACUACUUUGUUCCAAUGGUUUUUAAAUUGUAUACAUGAUGAUAAAGCUAGAUACAUCGUACAGUUUAGGUUCCAUUAUCGAGCCCAAUUUCUUGGGGAUUUCAAAUGAUGCAGAACCGGAUAAUGUUAUUGUCACCUUAUCGAAAAACAUGGUUACUUGUUUUCACAUGCCAAGUCAAAAUCAAGUGCAUUGUUGGAGCAGUUCCGAUAAAUUGUCUUCUGGAGUGAUAUUUGAUCCAUUAACUAAUUGCUAUUAUGGUGUUUUUAACUAUACCAGAAUCGGCAAAUGGUUACGAAGCUCUUUAAUGAUGAAAGAUAUGAAGAAAUUUAAUUUCACUGCAAAAAUUAUAAAACUUUUAACCAGAUUAGAUUAUAAAGGAGCAGUUGCAGUUUUUGAAAAUGGUCAUUGUGAGUGUUUAAAAGAAGCAAUUGGUAAUAGGAAAAAAAUCAGAGAUGCUGUCAUUAAUGAUGGCGAAACAAUUGAGUUAGCUAAAUUAUGUAUAUUCAGGACAAAAGCUAUAUGUAUUAUUGUAUCUGUUGAUGAAAAGAAUAUAAAAACAUUACGAUCUGUGCCAUUAGAGGAUACUUUCUUGCCAAUUAAUUUACAAAUAUCUUUCAAAAACAAAACUGACAAAUUACUUGGUUAUUGUGUUAGAGAAAAUUCUGGCUCACUUACUGUUUUAACAUUUUGGUCUAAUGGUUACUUGUAUUCUAAUGAGUUGUACGCCGAAACUAACAGCAAUGAUUUUCCUGGCAAACAGUUGACAGAAAUUACUUUAGUUAACUCAAAAAAACAAGUAACUUUAAUUCAACUAAGUUCAGAUUGUAUUGGUCUUUACGGUGCAGAACCAAAAGGCGAUGGAGCUGCUUUAGUAAUAUACAAUUUUCACUACAAUAUGGUAGUUGCUGUACAACAUUUUAAAAUCUACACCAAUCCUCCAAAUUUAUGGUGUUUUGGAAAUCAUUUACUUUUAGUAACGGGUCAAAACUUAGCAGUGAUUCCUUUUACAUGUGAACGGAAUAAUUUAUCCUUGUUAAUGGAUAAUAAUUUAAUUAAAAUAAAUGAUAAAUAUGAAGAAACUGAAUGGGAUUCAUAUGCAAAACAAAAAUGUGUAGAUACAAUUUCAACUUCAGCUUUAUCCCAAUCAAAAUUAAAUGAAAUGAUAAUCACUGACCAUAUUAAUAACAAAAAAGAUAAAUCAUUGAUUCGAUUACUGAUAGAAAACAACGAUAUUAGUGAUACUUCCUUAGUUGAAAUAUUAUCAUAUUGUAGUUUAAACGUAACAAAACAUUCAAAUCUUUUGUUAAAAUUAUUUGCAUAUCCACCUUUAAACAAGCCAUCUUGUUUACGGCGCCAAUUACCUUUUGAGAAUAUGCUGACAAUUUUGAAUACCUUGUAUUCACUUAUGAAGGAGAAAUUGAUUGAAGAAAGAUUAGUUGAUUGGAUGACACUGAUGAUAGACUGCUCGUUUCAACAAAUAUUAUUGUCAAAUGAUCCUAACGUACUUGAACUUAUAAUUAAAAUUCAAAAAGAUAUAAAUAGUAAAUGUGACUAUGUGGAAUCAGUAUAUAAUACAAAGAAUACAUUGCGUGUUAUAAAAAGUAAAAAUGUUAACAGUAAGAAACGAGAUGGACCUGUCAACAAUUUAUAUAAAAUUGAAACAAUUAAUUUAUAUUGAGUAAAUUUUUAUUUUAAAAAUAA